UGCACUGCAGCAUCCAGCAGAUUCUGUCUCUCUGCAUCCUGUUCUCUCGCGCCUGCUCAACUCUCUCUCUCCCUCGCUCUCUCUCUUAUUUCACUGCUCUCUCCAUCAAGAGUGUCUGUGCAUCUGUUCGUCCCAGCACAGAAUUGUGUAUUCCUCUAUUUUGCCAUCUGAAACUUUCAGCACAUAGAUACUUUGACCCUUGGCAAAACCUGUAAGGCCCCGUCUGUGUGCAGAGCAUCAUCUUCAAACACAACGUCCAGGAUGGAUGUUCUAAUGAAGGGAUUUUCCAUGGCCAAGGAGGGAGUGGUGGCCGCAGCCGAGAAGACUAAAGCUGGGGUUGAAGAAGCAGCUCUCAGGACCAAAGAAGGGGUCAUGUAUGUGGGCAACAAGACAAAGGAGGGAAUGGUAUCAGGCGUAAACACAGUUGCCCAGAGGACCACCGACCAGGCGAACAUUGUAGGUGAAACAGCGGUGGGGAGCACUAAUGAGCUGGGACAGAAGACAGUAGAUGGCGUCGAGAAUGUGGCAGCUUCAACCGGCCUAGUCAACCCGGAUGACGCUUUAUAUGAGGGUGACUUCUCUCAUGGUGGUGGUAUGGAAGGAGGAGAGGGUGGAGAGGGUUAUUAGUCCAGAGGUGUGAAGCUGAGAACAGUCCCCUCUCCACCUCUGAGUUUCUGCUCCAAAGCCUCACCCCAACCAGACUCCAGAUGUUACUGAUAUUUUUUUGUGACUGUGCGGAAAACCAGAAUUGAAAAAGACUUUCCCUGAGCCCUAUAGCCUUUAGAUGUGUGAUGCUAUCCCUCCUGCCCAGCUCUUUAUCUAUGAUGAUGCCAUGCUAUUCUCUUAAGUGUUGUUGUCAUUCCUCUGCCCUUCCAUUACAAUGCCUCAUCUAAAACACACACACUUCCAAACAUACACUCUUUACACACAAAAUAAAUGGACUGGAAAUGUGAAGCUCAGAGGCUGAUAUCAAAGGUUGACAUGGUCUUUUAGGAGCAUGGCUGAAAAAAAUAAAUAAAAAAAAAUAAUAAUAAUAAUAAUAAAUUCCCGCAUGACCAGUAAUGUAAGAAAAGCAAUACAUUUACAUUUCAUCAGGGCAUGUAGCAAUGUGUGUUUGGAUCUUUGUGAGAUCAUAGCCAUGUUUGAAUUUAUUUAGUCUUGAAAAUGCUGCAAUGUACACAAUGUCAAGUUGUGUGUACAUUAAGAGAUACAUUAUAUUCUUUUAGUUCAGUAUGUGUGGCAGAAUAGAGUUACUGUGAGCUUGACCAAUAGACUUAGUGUGUGUUUUGUUAGAAUAUUCUAAGAACAAAUAUGUUAAUUCACAAAAUAUGAGAUCAUACUGUAUACAUAGAUACUGUAAAACAAAGAAUAAUGAUCUUAAUGUAGCAGUGCUAGACUUGCAGCUCUUCAUUAGCUUGUCUUUGUACACUUGAGAUUUAGUGUUGAUGAAUAUCGAAAGAGAUUUGAACAGCAGAAACAAUAUAGUUGUCUGUUUUGUCUGUUGAAAAAAAAAAAAGGCGGUGGACCCCUUCAGGUGCUAGGACAGAAAGAAAGGAGUAAAGUCCUUCAGUGUUGUGGAAAGAGAUCAAAUCUUCAAACACAUCCCGCUCUGUUCUGUCCUGACUUUGUUGCAAUUCAUGUGAAGUCAGUGUGCAGCCAUAACAAGUCUGUGAUACCUGCAAUGUUAAAGCAAUACUACAGCACCAUUGCAAAGUUUGUGAUUGGUCUGUUUUGUAACACUGUGCUAUGCUGACUUUAGGCACAGUGUUUGACAGUGGGGAUGUAUGAAGUGAUCCUUUGCUAAUAAGAUGAGUGUUUACACCUUCAUUAAGCCUUUAGUCCCUCCCACUUGGCCACCCAUACCCCUCCCUUGUCCUGUCACUCAACAGUGUGUUCAGAUCCACCCCAAAGCUUGUGUCUGUUUUAGGUAACUAGGAUAAAACUAUCAAACAUUGCAGUUUGUUUUUUCUUUGAAGCCACAAACAACUGAAGACUGCAUGUUGCCUUAUCAGCAAACUUACACCGAUCAGCUACAACAUUAAAACCACCUGCAUAAUAUUGUGUAGGUCCCCCACAUGCCGCCAAAACAGC